AUGAAUAUUAAAGAACGUGUUGAUACGAUAAAAAAGACACUGUCACUCAUCCCAUCCCUCCCGUUUUCCUCCACCUUCACUUCAUUUGUUCUCGCGUGUUCAUUCGUGUCAUCAAUUAUCGAAGCACUUAUCUACAAUGUCAUUGGAAGCUAUCCACAGCCAGGAUCUGGAGGAGAGUAUGAUGUGCAGGAUGGAUUCGGAUGGACCAAUGGAGCUAUUCUAGAUCUUCUUCUGACCUACAACGAUAGACUUUUUGUCCCGGACAACUUCAUCAACGCAACUACUGCUUCACCCGUUCAGACGACUACGAAAGUUGCUCUGACCCAACUCCAGAAUUCAUGGGUCAUCUUCUUUGCAAUCCUAAUUUAUCAGCUUUUCUGA